AUGGCCGCCAUGGACGAAGAGCACGGCCACGAGAAACACAAUACCGAAAAUGACAAUGACAAUGACCUCCACCAAACAAAAACCAACCAGUCCAUCGCCGACACAUUCUCGCGGCCCCGCGAAAUCAUCUUCGUAAUCAUCGUCUGCAUGUCGCAGUUCAUCACGCAGGCAAAUGUCGGCGUGUGCCUAUCCCCCCUCGACAUCGUCGGCGGGGCCUUCGGGCUCACUGAGCAAAGCGGCCUCGCCUGGUUCCUAGCUGGGUACUCACUCACAGUCGGAACAUUCAUCCUGGUCUUCGGCCGCUGCGGCGAUCUCUUCGGGUACCACCGCAUGUACAUCAUCGGGUUUCUGUGGCUGGCAUUGUGGUCGCUGGUCGCUGGACUGGCCGUCUACUCGAACUACAUCCUGUUCAUCUUUGCGCGCGUGCUGCAGGGUCUCGGGCCUGCAAUGCUCUUGCCAAACGGGCUGGCGAUCCUGGGCGCGACGUAUGCCCCGGGCAAGAAGAAGGAUAUGCUCUUCGCGCUGUUUGGGGCCACGGCGCCGAACGGCGCCAUUUGUGGUGCUGUGUUUGCGGCGCUCUUCUCGCAGCUUGUGUGGUGGCCGUGGACGUACUGGGCUAUGUGUAUUGUGUCUGUUGUCUGCGCGGGGAUUGGGUACGUUGUUAUCGCGCCGAUUCGGCAUGCUCAUUCGACGGAGAAUCUCUUCACCGCGCUUGAUGUCCCCGGCGCGUUCACGGGGAUCACGGGGUUAGUGCUUGUGAAUAUCGCCUGGAACCAAGCGCCCGCUGUAUCUUGGGCUGAGCCCUACGUCAUCGUCCUGCUUAUCGUCGGCGCGCUCUUCCUGGCUGCGUUCUUCGUCAUCGAGUUUAAAUUCGCGAAACACCCGCUCAUCCCCUUCCACGCUUUUUCCACGGACGUCUCCUUCGUGCUUGGCUGUGUCGCGACGGGAUGGGGCUGCUUCGGGACUUGGAUCUACUACUCGUGGCGCUUCCUGCUCGACUCGCGCGGCGCCACGCCGCUCCUCGCAUCCGCGCAGUUCGUGCCCCCCGGUAUCUCAGGCCUCCUUGCGUCUUUCGCGACGGGGUUCCUGAUGUCAAGAAUCCGCCCGCCGCUCAUAAUGUGCAUGUCCCUUACGGCAUUCACGGUCGGCACGGUCCUCAUCACCAUCGCGCCGGUAGACCAGACGUACUGGGCGCUAACGUUCGUCUCGAUGAUCGUCAUCCCCUGGGGCAUGGACAUGUCGUUCCCAGCUGCAACGCUGAUGCUCAGUAAUGCCGUUGCGCGGGAGCACCAGGGGCUCGCGGCGAGUCUGGUCACGACGAUCGUGAACUAUAGUAUCUCGCUGAGUCUGGGAUUUGCGGGGACGAUUGAGAGCCAGAUUGUGAAGGGAGAUUCGGCGGAGGAGAGGUUGAAAGGGUAUCGCUCGGCGUUGUAUUUUGCGAUUGGGCUUGGGGGGUUGGGGCUUGGGAUUAGUGUGCUCUAUACGGUUAAGAGUUAUACGGGGGGGAGGAAGGAGAGGCAGGAUGAGGCACUGGGGGAUGGUGAGAUGACGGAGGUGGAGUAG